UUCUUUCUUAGUUAUGGCAAGUAGUAUCGUGUUAUACUGGGGUUCAGGAUCUCCUCCUUGCUGGAGAGUACAAGUGGUCUUGGAAGAGAAAAAAUUGCAGGGGUAUCAAAGUAAGCUGCUGUCGUUCGAAAAGGGGGAGCACAAAUCCCCAGAAGUGCUAGCAAUAAAUCCCAGAGGCCAGCUACCCACAUUUAAACAUGGAGACAUUGUCCUGAAUGAGUCGUUUGGUGCCUGCCUGUAUCUGGAGGAUGUGUUUAAGUCUCAAGGAGUGCAACUCAUGCCUGAUGAUCCAAGGGAAAAGGCUCUUGUUCUUCAGCGAAUGUUUGAAUCCGACAAUUUAACUCGCAAGAUUGGUGGUAUUGCACAUUACAACAGAGACGUUCCUGAGAAUGAGCGGAGUGAUGCUGGCCUGCAGAGGCUUAAAGAUGGACUUACGACAGAGCUAAAGAUUUGGGAAGGCUAUGCAGAAGUUUCACAAGAGAAGUACCCUCAUCUAGCUGCAUAUUACAGUUUGGUGAAGGAGAGACCUAGUAUCCAAGCAACAUGGCCACCUCACUGGAAAGAAAAUCCAAAUACAGGAGAUAUGCUAAAAAAUGUGUAGCUUUAGAGACUGGGAAGUUGAACCAGGUGUAUGCUGCCUGCUUAUAUUUGCAUAGAUUUCUUAGCACUUUAUCUCCAGAAUUACUAGUGAAAUUAAUGCUAAAACUGCUGUAGUAAAGCACUUCAAUAUCAUAAA